AUGGUAUCUGUUCCGGAGCACACGAUGGAUGAGAUUCCCCUCCAGGAGGAGGAGGAGUGCGGCAUGGAGUACCGGCUGUUUAUGGGCUAUGCCCAGCGCUCACUUUCUGCAAGCAAAUACUUGGCCCUGCAGCGGGCGAUGCCCUCCCAGGGGGGCUACACAACCGCCAGUAACGGAAAGGAGGAAAAAGGCAAUGGGGAGCCCAUAAAAGAAAAAAACAUACACAAAAAGAAGAAAUGGCCGAAGGUUCUGACCCCCGCAUGCCUCCGACCGCCCAAGAGCAAAGAGGAAGGGAAGCUUUUGAAAGCAGCGAGGAACCCGGAGGAAGAGAAGGCCCAGCACAUCGUCAGCGCGCUGCAGCGCAUUGUACGGAAGAUUAAAGCGCAAGAUAAGGAGAGUGGCUUCCGGAUGAUCCAACGCUCUUCCAGCAUCCAGCAUGACGGAGAUGAUGAAGAUGAAGUAAUUGCCAACAUCGUCCAAAUACUGAGAACAACAGGUGACAAACUGAAUGAUCAGAUGACAGAUGAAAGAACCCUCAUGGAGAGAAUUAAAGGGCUGUGGUCAUACGACUUCUACAAGAAAGUGACGGAGUGCUUCCUUUCGGAGACGGUCCCCAGCAAUACCACGGAGGAGGAGGAGCAGACCAGUAAGAUCGCGCUGUGCCUCCAUGCCACCACUGCCCUCUCCACACUGGAAAAUCAACCAAUGAACAAGGUCCUUGGGUUUGGAAUCCAAUAUCUCAAAGAGAACUACUCCCCCUGGGUUCAGAGCAGAGGAGGAUGGGAAAAAGUUAUGGAAAUCCAAACUGAUGAGGAAGAGGUAGAAUGAGCCUAGAGACAGUGCCUUUGUUGGACUAUAUCACUACGUCGUGAAAACCAGAGGCUGCCUGCUACAAGG